AUGCGGUACUUCGUCGUGUCGAUGGUCAGCGUCGCUGUCCUGUUCACGAUCGUGGUGUCGCUGCUCCUGUGGAUUAUGGCUAGAGGGACCGUGUCUGGAGCUCCUGGCCUCUGCUCCACGCCCGGCUGUGCGGAACUCGCGGCCGCUUUCGAGAGCAUGCUCAACUAUAGUGUUGACCCGUGCGAAGACAUGCACGCUUUCGUCUGCUCCAAGGGAAUCCCCCGCAGCUCCGGUGCCGGCCGCAGUUCGCUGAGCCUGGUGGCGAACGUCAUCAGGCAGUACGAGCUGCAGAUGGUCAAGAUGUUCGUCGAGGGACAGACCACCUUCAGGGCGUCCUCCAUGGUGUCCGACUUUUUGCGGGCCUGCACGAGCUCCUCCAAAACACCACCGUCCGUCGAGCCCUUCGUCACUUUUUUCGAAAAUGUGUUCGUCCCGUGGCCUUUCGGUGUCCCGUACGACAAAGAGCAGCACCCCCUGGAGUCCGUCUUGACGCUCACUCUCAACUAUGGCAUCAGCACGUGGUUCCGCGCCUACGUCCUCAUGGCGAGGCAGCGAGCGUUCGCUUCCAACUCGAGCGUCAAGCCGACCUUGUUCAUUGAGGCCGCUGCAUCGGCUUCGCUCUGGCUCGACUUCGUGCGGACCGUCGAAGCGGUGGGCGGCCGCAAUAAGUACCACGAGCUUUUCCUCGCGCGCUACAACGCGUCGUUGAGCGAACGCGCGAGCGUCUCGAAGCGCUUGGCCGUCGAGAAGGACAUCCUCUCCACCCUGGACGAGGCGAGACUGCCCAGAGCCAGCCUGCAGCCCGUACUAGCCAGCCUGGCCAAGAUAGCUGCCGCCGUCCCAAACACGGCCGUGCGCAACUGGAUAGGCCCGGUGGGUAACGCGCCGGGUGGCCUUGACGCGGACAAGAAGAUGCUCGUGGUCGUGCGGGAUGUGCGCAUCCUGCGCGCCAUCCAGCGGCUCCUCACCGCUUACAGCCUGCAUGAUCUAAUGCGACACCUGUCCUGGUGGCUGGUGCAGAUCCUCACCGUGAUCGGCUGGCCGCAGGGCUACGUCGUCAUCGCCGGCAGCCAGGAGAUCGUCGUGUGGCCACCGGACGUGGAGGGCUCCAACGGGACGCUGUGGCUUUCGUACGAGAGUUUCUGCCUCUCCUGCAAACACGGCAACAAGUCCGGUGCCACGGCCUCUGUCACCACUGCCGCGCCGCACAUGGAUCUCAUCCGGUUUUGGAUGCGCGCCAACACCCAGUUCUUGCCGCUGUCCGCAGAACAGAUCGAGCGCAUGCAGCUGCUCUGGCAGUGGGACCCGCUCGACCUCUUGUACUACAAUCCGUGGUACAACCGGCUGCGAGUCUCUCACGCGGCUCUGCGCAGCCCGAUAUACCAACCGAGCAGCCCAGAGUUGCGCAAGGCCAACUUCGGCAGCCUCGGAACAUCUUUUUUCUUCAGCGUGCUUCAGAUGUUCGCGGAGCCGUGUAUCCAUCCAGCAGGAAUGAGGCAGCAGGAAAGCUUGACUGAGCCGGUGGUGGUGGUGCAGGCGGUUGCCGCUGCUGUUUUAUUGCUGCUGCAGCAGCAGCAGUGGUAA